GAGAAGGGGCAGAUAGAGUUGUACAGAGGAGGAAGCUUCUGGCAGUGUGAAUGGAGGGAAAAGUAAAAGUAAAGCCGCAGCUUCUAUCGUCCAGACUCAGGUAGUGAAAUAAACAAACAAAAAUUCUAAGAAUGGAUCAUCAAGAAGAACAAGAGAUUGCACCAAGCAAUGAGGGCUUUCAAUUCAGAAUGGGCCUUAACGACAACAAAGCUGGAAUGGAAGGUCUGGAUAAGGAGAAGAUCAAUAAGAUCAUAAUGGAAGCCACAAAAGGCUCAAAAUUUUAUGACAAUGAACUGAAAAAAGACCAACAAGUCAAUCAACGCAUUGAGAAAAUGUUGCAACAGAAAUCACACUUGACCAUUUCUCAAAUAAAGAAGGCUCAGGUUCAGGUGGACAAACUGGCUCUAGAGCUUGAGCGGAGACGUGACCUUAGCCGCGUUAUUGUACACGUGGACAUGGACGCGUUUUACGCAGCAGUGGAAAUGAGAGACAAUCCUGAACUGAAGGACAAACCCAUGGCUGUGGGCUCCAUGAGCAUGCUGUCCACCUCCAACUAUUUAGCCAGAAGGUUUGGUGUACGGGCGGCUAUGCCAGGAUUCAUUGCAAAGAGGUUGUGUCCAAAUUUGCAUAUUGUCCCUUUGAACUUUGACAAAUAUCGGGCAGUAAGUAAAGAGGUUCGAGAAAUAUUUUCUGAGUAUGAUCCCAACUUUUUACCUUUGAGCCUUGAUGAGGCCUAUCUGGAUAUUACUGAUCAUUUAGAAGAACGACUGACUUGGCCGGAGGAAAGGAGAAGAUUUCUUGUUGGAACUGGAAAUUCUGGAAAUGUAAACCCUCCAGCAGAUGUGGAGAAUAGUACGGCCAAGUGUGAACCAGAAGAAACGCAGUGCACGUCACCGGUACUUUUUGAAGACAUUCCUACCUUUUUGCCAGACCAAUGUCAUGACGGCUCCAGACAAGAUACUGAGCGUGAGAAUAAAGAACGGACACAGGAAAAUGUUUUGGUCUUUGGAACAUCAGCAGAGGAAGCAGUAAGGGAAAUGAGGUUUCAUAUAGAACAGAAAACCACCCUGACAGCCAGUGCAGGCAUUGCUCCAAACAUGAUGUUGGCCAAAGUUUGCAGUGACAAGAACAAGCCUAAUGGACAGUAUAGAAUUCCACAUGACAGACAGGCGGUAAUGGACUUCAUCAAAGACUUGCCUAUCAGGAAGGUUCCAGGCAUAGGGAAAGUCACGGAGAAAAUGUUACGAGCACUUGGAAUUACCACAUGUACUGACCUUUACCAGCAGAGGGCGCUGCUUUCACUGCUGUUCUCUGAUACAUCCUGGCAUAACUUUCUACAUAUUUCCCUGGGCCUCGGAUCAACGCGUAUAGAAAGAGAUGGAGAAAGAAAAAGCAUGAGCACAGAAAGGACCUUCAGUGAAAUGAGCUCCGCUGAGGAACAGUAUGAGCUGUGUCAGCAGCUGUGCAAGGAUCUGGCAGAAGACCUUCAUAAGGAAGGAUUAAAGGGAAGAACUGUUACAUUGAAACUAAAAAAUAUCAAGUUUGAAGUCAAGACCAGAGCAUCAACCGUGUCCUAUGCAGUUUCUACAGAGGAGGAAAUCUUUUCUGUUGCCAAGGAAAUUCUCAAGGCGGAAAUGGACUUGGCUUCACCAGAACCUCUGUGGCUCAGAUUGAUGGGCGUAAGAAUUUCUGGAUUUCUAUCUGAGAAUGAGCGAAAACAUCAGAAAAGUAUCACUAGUUUCCUGAGCUUAAGCAAAGAUAUGAAGAGUAAAUGCUCAGAAAUGGCAGACAAAUCUGACCAAGCAACUCCGGCUCCGGCCCCACAGAGAGAAAGUUUCUUCAAUCAGAAACGUGCUGCUAGACAACAAGGACUGGAGCAAGGUUCCACAAGCAACGCAAGCACAAGCAGUGAGCAGAAUGGGACGAGUGCUCCAAUUGAACAGCAGAAGGACGUUACUGAGGUUGACCAGAUUUGUGAAGAACCUGAUUUCACGUGUCCUAUUUGCAUGAUGAAACAGAGCGAUUGGGAUCUGGAGGCAUUUAAUAAACAUAUUGAUCAAUGUUUGUGCAAAUCUCCUCCUUCUGAUAACCUUGAAAUGACGAAAUGUGAGGACGUACUUGCUGCAAGUAACAAUAAAGCCCAAAAAAAUGAUGAAGGCUUCUCUGAUGACCUCAGGAAAGAUGUCCAUAUAAAGAAUCUUAAAAACAAAAUGGUGACUGUCCCACCAUGUGAUGACUUGGAUGACUUUGUCAUUGAUAAAAACACAAUGCGUGCUAUCCAUGACCAAGAAGUACCGAUAAACCCCUGCAAAGAUAAAAUUGUUUGUAAGAACCCUAUGGAAAAUCAUCAAAUAGAAAGUGAUGUAGGCCUUAAAACCACUGAUGAGAGUAAAGCCCCAUCAGCACCAAGUUCAUCAGUGUGUCAUGAGGAAACCAUAUUCAUCUGCCCAGUAUGCAACAUACGGCAAGAUACCUCAAACCUAGCUGUGUUUAAUAGACAUGUUGAUGUGUGCCUCAAUAAAGGGAUUCUAGAGGAGCUCCGGGAACAUACCCCCAACCAGGAUCCAAGACGUCCCAUCAAAACCAAUCUUCAAAAUGGGACCACGGUCAGGGGGAAUGCUGGGAAUAAAUCCACUGCUCGAACUAAACGACCAAGAGCAAUGCAGCAGAACCCAGCUUCUAAGAAACCCAAGACUAACCGCUCCAGUCUUACCAUCGAUGCCUUUUUUAAAUAAUAUUGGACAAUUGGACAUCCGCAGCACAAUGAAUAUCACGUGGUUGGAUCAUUAAAAUAAAGAAGACCCAUUGUCCAUUAUAUUGGUUCCACAGAUGGUUUACCUACCUCAGGAUGGGACUGUUGCACUGCCGAUGCCCAAGACUGUGGGAGUUGGUUUGUGGGAUAUAAUGGUGCACAUCGGUGUAAACGAAUCUGUUCUGGCAUCAGAAAGACCAUUCCAGUCUUCUGGUUCCUAUGCGGACGCCUAAUAGAAUCAUUAUUUAUUUGCAUUUUCUUUCUUAUAUAAGUUAUUUUAAUUGUGGAAGUUUUUGUAAUUUUUGAUAUUGUAUUUUUGAUAAUUAAGAAAAAAUAAUAUUUUUACGUGCAAUGUUUGACCAUGGCUAUAUUUGUCUGCCUGUAGCAAAAUAAUUUUAUUCUACUUUCUUUUCUUUUUUUUUUUUGAGGGUGGAAUUUACAAAUUUAGAAGAUGACCCUAGAGAGGAUGACUCUUUAGUUUCACCAGAGCUUGUGAAGGAACAUUUUACAAAGUAAUUCUUCAGUCUUACUAAAGCUCUGGUCUUCUAAACAGCUUGUGGACAGUUGUGACGUUGUUAUAGGGAACAAAAGCAGCAUUUUUUUUUUCGAAUCCAGGAAUCGUGUAUAUUCUAUGAUAGUUAUGAUCACGCGUCUUUUGGGUUGCACUUGAAGUUAUUUAUUUUUUUCAGCUGCACAAGGUACCCCUUUAAUAACCGCACCUAGAUCUCCAUAGAUUAUUUAUUUAUUUGCGGUCAUAUUUUAAUGCUAUGUAUUUAUCAUAUUUAUAGAAUAAAACAAAAUGUGAGUUUA